AUGUCCGUGGUGUUGAGUGAUCUGAAUGUGAUUGCAUCAACAUUGAAUAAUUUGGGACAAGGAGCGGGUUAUAUUACAAAGAUUAGCGUUCAGCAGUCACUGAAGAAAAUUUUGAAUGAUCUCUAUUCCGAAUUAAAUAGUCAAGCAAGUCAUGCUAUCGUUGAAAAAGCUCACAUCGAUGGGUUGCGGGCUACAUUGGAUGACUUCAUUGUUUCACAUCUUUCUUGCUUUGUGAAUGAUGAUGAGAAAAGCGCCGUUCCAUUGAAUUUGGAAAUUAGUUUAGCCAACACACAAAUUACAAUCAAAGAUCCGUCAGUGAAACCAUUUCGAAUCAGAUUGAACGACUGUGUUAUUGAGCAGACUGUGGACGACGAAGAGGAGAGUUAA